UGACUGCAGCUACCCCAAACCUCUAGUCAAGAUACCCCCGGUCCCAUGUCACCGACAGCAUGGUAUUCACGCUUGAGUCAGAAAUUGCAGUAGCUUGGUUUUAUUCCCUCUAAAGCUGACGCUUCUCUCUUUUUCCUUAACAAAGGACAUUUAACCAUGUUUGUUUUAGUAUAUGUGGAUGAUAUUAUAGUUGCCAGUUCUUCACAAAGUGCUACAGAUGCUUUAUUAAAGGGUCUUGAAGCAGAUUUUGCCUUAAAAGAUCUUGGAGACUUGCACUACUUUCUUGGCAUUGAAGUACAGAGAACAGAUGAUGGUCUCACAAUGAGACAAGAAAGAUAUGCAACUAAUUUACUUCAGCGUGUAGGGAUGACCAACUGUAAGUCAGUCACAUCUCCUUUAUCAGUGUUAGAAAAGCUGUCUAUUACUAGUGGAGAACAGCUAGGGCCAUUGGACUCCACUCGGUAUCGGAAUGUAGUUGGAGCACUACAGUAUCUCACCUUGACUCGUCCAGAUAUUUCUUUCUCUGUUAACAAGGUUUGUCAGUUUUUACAUGCUCCUACUACUACUACUCAUUGGUCAGCAGUUAAAAGAAUUCUUCGGUAUGUACAUGGUACAAGAAAUGUUGGUCUUAAGAUAAGUAAGAAUUCAUCUAUGCUUGUCAGUGCUUUCUCCGAUACAGAUUGGGCAGGAUGUCUAGAUGACAGAAGAUCAACAGGAGGUUUUGCUGUGUUUCUUGGAAAGAAUCUUAUUUCAUGGAGUGCACGCAAGCAAGCCACGGUCUCUCGGUCUAGUACAGAAGCAGAGUAUAAGUCUUUGGCUAAUGCUACAGCAAAGGUAAUGUGGGUACAAAAAGUGCUUGAUGAGUUAAAAAUUAGUCACCCAACUACUGCUUGUCUUUGGUGUGAUAAUUUGGGAGCUAAGUAUUUGUCAUCAAAUCCUGUCACUACGCCAGAUCCUCACACCUCUGACGGGAUACCUGUG